AUGGAAGAGGGCAUGUCAAGCACGGUUUCAAACAGUGGGAUGAAAAUGAAUACUGUAGGAGGAGUAUCAGAUUCAAGCCUGGCUGCUAAUGACUCAACAGAUGGUGCUUGUAAGCGUGUGUCUAAGAAGUUCAAAGGAGUUGUUGAGCAGCCAAACGGGCAUUGGGGUGCCCAAAUAUACGCCAAUCACGAAAGGGUUUGGCUUGGCACUUUCAAUUCUGAGAUUGAUGCAGCCAUGGGUUAUGACAGUGCUGCACUCAAGCUUAGGGGUAGAGACUGCCAUCGCAACUUUCCGUGGACAGAAACCACCUUUGAAGAGCAGCACUUUCAGAAUCAGUACGCCACAGAAGUUGUGCUCAUUAUGAUCAAGGAUGGUUCCUACCAGACCAAGUUCUCGGAAUUUCAAAGAAGCCGGUCUGGAAUUGAGAGUGUGGGGGCUGAUGUUCAAUUUGGCAGCUUAGCUAGGGUACAAAGCAGCAACGGAAAGGGAGAGCUGUUGGAAGACUUUCUUUUCCAAAAAGAGCUGACGCCAAGCGAUGUGGGUAAGCUCAAUAGACUUGUGAUACCAAGUAAAUAUGCGUGUACCUACUUUCCCACUGUUUCUGAAGCCAUAAGGGGAAAGGUGGAGAGUUGCUCCAGCCAGCUGACGUUUUAUGAUAGGAUGAUGAGGUCAUGGACAUUCCGGUUCUGUUUUUGGAAGAGCAGCAAGAGUUUUGUAUUCACCAAGGGUUGGAGUAGGUUUGUUAGGACACACGAUUUGCAGGCCAGAGACACCAUCAGAUUCUUGCAAUGCCGGUACAAGCAAUCUGGGGACGGUAAUUAUAAGGAGCAGCCUCACUCAUUCUGCAUGAUUCAAGUUAAAAAGGAUGGUGGUCGAAGCAAUGAUGUGAGCUGUUUGGUUGAGAAUAAUGCUAAUAGUUACCAAUUUGAUGGUGUUAUGAAUGAUGGAGGCAUGAUGGAUUUGGAUUAUAAGUUUAAAGUUGAAGCUGUAAGCCCAAAUAAUCAUGAAGAUGAAGAUGGAAUCCUCCUAGCAGAUCAGAAGAAAUGUUUCAGGCUCUUUGGAGUGGAAAUCAGUGAUGUCGAUGUGCUUUCUUCACAUUCGAUCAUAGUAUAG